AUGCCAUACCAAAAAAUCAUUGUCGACCAAGUGCGGGACAUGCUGGACGAGCGCGACGUGGGGCGCGGCGCAAUCACCAGUGUGAUGAUCAAGCAAACCAUCGUUGACGCGCUACAAGGACUCGGUGUUGGUCAGCAGUUAGAUGAUCACGGGCCUCUGCUUGAUGGCGUACAAGGUCAGCGGGUAACAUACUUGCAUUUGUGCGGCGGUCGAAUGCACAAGCUUCCAGAAGAAUUUGAGUUCUCCCAGGCCGACACAGCGACAGCGUGGGCACUUUGGUGGCUUGGCAACCAUCGAUUGAAAGAAGUCCCGUACAACGCCAUUGACUCGCGUGACCUCAGCACCAAGAAGCAGCAGCGAAUUCUCUCGGAAUGGAAGCUGGUCAUGGUGGAGCUGUCAGAUCGAUUCAUGGAGAGUUGUGAGAGUGGCCUACCUGCAAGUUGGAAUGAACGCAACGUUGUCGAAUCGUGCGAAGUCGCCGUUCGUGGCUUGCAUGUGCUCCUUUCAAUCACGCCUCUCGAACGCCAGCGUCGAUUUGGUCAGCUGAAAGUUGAGACGGUUUCAUUCGUCAACGUCGUGGUGCAAAAAAAAACGACCCUAUCAAAAAAGAAAGCGUUGUGA